AUGUUCGAUAUCCCCUUCUACAGCCUGGUACCAUACAUCAGCGAGCGUCUCUCGUUGGAGACGGAUUUUCUGAAUGAAGCCGACAAUUCAGAGAACAUGGCUCGGCUGGUUGCCGGCGAAUCGCGCCUACGGGAUCGGGUAUAUAUCCCGCGGGUGCACCGCGAGCUGAGCUCGAGGCGCGUCAUGACCGCAGAAUGGGUGGAGGGCGUACGGCUUUGGGACAAGGAUGCCAUAACCCGCUCCUGGCGCGGCGGCUGGCGCCAGGGGAGCCCGGGAUGUCAUGGGACGCCGCUGGACGCACCGAAUAGCAAUAGCGCAGCGGCGACAGCACAAAGCCCGCAGUCUAGGCUGGUUAAACCGGAGCGGGAUCACUGGAAAGGACGAAAUCAGCGGGGUGGCCUGGGAUUGUCACUGAAGGACGUGAUGACGACUAUGGUGGACCUGUUCUCGGCACAGAUGUUCCUAUGGGGAUGGGUGCACUGCGACCCGCACCCGGGCAACAUUUUCAUUCGGCGCAAGCCGUCUGGCCAGCCGGAGCUGGUCCUGAUCGACCAUGGGCUGUAUAUUCACAUGGAGCCGCAAUUUCGGCACCAGUAUGCGCGGUUUUGGAAGGCGCUGCUGACAUUUGACAAUAACACGAUCGGCGAGAUCGUGAAAGGCUGGGGCGUUAACAACCCCGACAUUUUUGCUUCUGCAACCCUGAUGCGCCCCUACCGUGGCGGCGACCUAUCUACACAUCGCGGUCUCGAAGGCCUGAGCAAAUCCGAGCGCAACGAGCGCCACUAUGAGAUGCAGCAGGCCGCACGCAAGGCCAUCCGCGAGAUACUCGGUGAUGAAACCAAAUGGCCGCGCGAACUGAUCUUCAUCGGCCGCAACCUGCGCAUUGUCCAGGCGAACAAUCAAUUCCUGGGUUCGCCGGUCAACCGCGUCAAGAUCACGGGGAUGUGGGCCUCGCGAGCGCUGGUCGAAUCGCCUGAUCUUCCUCUGAACGAGAAGAUCCGCAAUCUCGGCCGUCAUGUCGUCUUCCGCUUUGUGCUGUUCGCCAGUGACAUCUUCUUCUGGUUCACCAAGAUUAGACAGUUUUUGAGGCUGGGUGGUGGUAUGGAGGACGAUAUCGAGGCUCAGAUGCAGCAUAUGGCUAAGGAUAUGGGAGUUGAGCUGAACCAGAAUGUGUUUGAAGGAUAG